GCGGCCGGGGUGCUCCUCUACUCGUGCCUUCCGUCCCCGGACGCCUUCGUCGCGGCGCCCGCGGCGGGUCCGCGCGCGUGGGCGGCCAGCGAGCAGGCUCUGGCGCGCGAGCCCCUGACCCCCCGGGCCGCUGGCAAGGGCCCGGGCGAGAGGCGGGGGGGCAGACCCUCGGAGCUGGACGAGCAGUUCGGCAAGCCGCCGCCCACCGAGCCGCCCUUCGAGACCACGCAGGAGCUCUUCUACGGCUUCGCCGCGAUACUGGUCGUGCUGCUGGUCGGGUUCAUCUUCCUCACCCGCGGGGCCUUCACAGAGUCGCAGUACACCAUGGACUGA